AUGACAGGUAAACAGAAUAAAUACAGAAGUAUAUUAAAGAAGACGUUUUGGCAAAUCUGGAAAAAGAAUUCUUUGCCUGGAGCCAGUGAUGAUGUCCAUAUUGUCACCCAGAGAUAUAAGAGGCUGAUCCCAUUCUAUAACCCUACAGUGCUUGCAGCGCCAUUUCCAUACACCGUGGUGCUGCACGGCCCUGCGGGUGUUGGGAAAACCACACUGGCAAAGAAGGUGAUGCUGGACUGGACACAGGACAACCUCCCAGAGACACUCAGUUCUGCCUUCUACCUCAGCUGCAAGGAACUCAACCACAAGGGGGCGUGCACUUUUGCGGAGUUAAUGUCUAAGAACUGGCCAGAGUUGAAGGAAGCUGGUCCAGAGAUCCUAGGCCAGGCACAGAAAGUCCUGAUCAUCAUCGAUGGUUUCGAUGAGCUGAGAGUCCCCUCGGGGUCACUCAUCCAUGACAUUUGUGGUGACUGGAAGAAGCAGAAGCCGGUGCCCGUCCUCCUGGGGAGUUUGCUGAAGAGAAAAAUGUUACCCAAGGCCACUUUGCUGAUCACCACUCGAACGGGGGCCCUGAGAGAGCUCCGGCUCCUGCUGGAAGAGCCGCUCCUUGUGGAGAUCGAGGGGCUCUCAGAGCGGGACAGGAGGGAGUAUUUCUUGAAAUACUUUCAAGAGGAGGAUCAGGCACUGCGAGCUUUCGACCUGAUGAAGAGCAAUCCAGCUUUGUUCCACAUGGGCUCAGCUCCUGCCGUGUGCUGGGUCGUGUGCACUUGUCUGAAGCUGCAGAUGGAGAAGGGGGAAGACCCAGCCCCUACGUGCCAAACCACCACAUCACUGUUCCUGCGUUUCCUGUGCAGCCAGUUCCCGCCGGCUCCUGGCAGCUGCCCCAGUCAGUGCCUCGCGGCUCCAGUGAAGGCUCUGUGCGUCCUGGCUGCUGAGGGCCUAUGGACGCAGGCAUCUGUGUUCGAUGGAGAAGACCUCGGGAGACUUGGGGUAGCGGAGUCUGACCUCUGUCCUUUCCUGGACAAGAACAUCAUCCAGAAGGACCGAGACUGUGAUGGCUGCUACUCCUUCAUCCACCUCAGCGUCCAGCAGUUGCUUGCUGCCAUGUUCUACGUUCUGGAGAGUGAGGGGGAGGAAGACGGGGAGAGCCACAGGCGGGACGUUGGGGACUUACAGAAGUUGCUCUCCAAGGAAGAAAGGCUGAAGAACCCCACCCUGACCCAUGUUGUGUACUUCUUAUUUGGCCUCUUGAAUGAGAAGAGAGCCAGGGAGCUGGAGACCACUUUCAGCUGCCAGGUGUCAAUGGGGAUCAAGCAGGAAGUACUGAAAUCCAAGUACGGUGGGAAUAAACCCUUGUCCUUGAUGAUGGACAUGAAGGAGGUGUUGUAUUGUCUUUACGAAUCUCAGGAGGAGCAGCUCGUGAGGGAUGCGAUGGUCCACAUGAAGGAAGUGUCUCUGCAUUUGAAAAAUCAAAUGGACAUCGUGUACUCAUCCUUCUGCCUCAAGCACUGUCAAAACUUGCAGAAAAUCUCGCUGCAGGUAGAAAAGGGGAUAUUUCUGGAGAACGACGCUAAUGAUCAACACAUGCUCCCUUUCUGGAUGGACCUUUGUUCCAUGUUUGGCUCUAACAAGAAUCUGAUAGUCCUGAACAUCAGUCAGAGCUUCCUCAGUACCACAUCAAUGAGGAUUCUUUGUGAAAACAUAGCCUCUGCUGCCUGUAAUCUUCAGAAAGUGGUCCUCGAAAAUAUCCCCCCAGCUGAUGCUUAUCAGAAUCUCUGCAUCAUUUUUGGUGGUCACAGGACUCUAACACAUCUGACCCUUCAAGGAAACGACCAGAAUGAUAUGCUUCCCCCAUUGUGUGAGGUCUUGAGGCACCCAAAAUGUAAUCUGCAAUAUCUCAGGCUGGUAUCAUGUUUUGCCAACGCCCAGCAACAGGCUGAUCUCUCCUCCUCCCUUGAAAACAACCAGUCCCUCACGUGUUUGAACCUCACAGCAAAUGAGCUCCUGGAUGAGGGUGCCCACUUACUGUACAUGACUCUGAGACAUCCAAAGUGCUUCCUGCAGAGGUUGUUGUUGGAAAACUGUCACCUUACAGAAGCCUAUUGCAAGGAGCUCUCUUCUGCUUUGAUUAUCAACCAGAGGCUAACACACCUGUGCCUGGCAAAGUGCAACAAAAAUGCACUUGGGAAUCAGGGGGUGAAACUUCUGUGUGAGGACUUGAGUUACCCCGAAUGUCAGCUACAGACUCUGGUGUAA